CGCGGUCAGAGCGUUUCGGCCGCUGACAAUUCGUUCAUUCAGUAUCCAAAAGUAAAGCAUAGAUUUUAGAAAACAUAAUAUAAAUUGCAUUGAAUUAGUAUAGGAAGCACAGGAAAAAUGUCGGGCGAUGUGCAGCCGCGGAAACGUAAGGAUAAACGCAGAAAACGUGAUGAUCGCAAAUCUGAGGGCGAAGUGAGUUUUUCACGCCAGCAAAGCUUUCAAGAUGACGACGAAUCUUCCCAUGGCGUGCACAUCACAAAGAUGGGAAACGACGACGUGCAUUUGCACGUGCAUCACGAACAUGGUACGGGCGGACAUUGGUGUGCCAAAAUAAUAUUCUUCUCGCUAAUGGCAGUGCUGUUGGGCCUCGUGGGCCUCAUUAUAAUGGAAAAUCGCGGUUUGGCGGACUUAGACACGCCAUUAUCAGAGUCGCGCUUCUCCAACUAUUUUGAUGGGUGGGUAGACGAGCAUCGUGAGGAACAUGAUGAACACGAUAAACACGGGGCCGCCGCAAUAUCAGGGGAAGAUCAUGACGAUCAUGACGAUCAUGAUGAUCAUGACGAUCAUGAUGAUGAUGACGAUCAUGACGAACACGACGACCAUGAUGAUGAUGAAGAUGCGGAAGAAGAGGCUGAAGAAAAUGAUGACGACGACGAAGCAACCGCAGAAAAGGAAGCCGACGAAGAGCAGGAAUAUGACCAAGAUGAAGAUGAAGAUACGGCCGCCGAAGAUGAUGGAAUUGAAGAGUCAAUAGAGCUAUCGAAGAUACAAAAGAGACCCGAAAGUGCACCCAAUAAAAUUAGCGAUAAUUUAGAUGAGAAUGAUGAAGAGGAUGACGAAGACAAUGAAGAAACCACUGAGCAGCCCCAGUCUCAAUUAAGCACAGAAAAUGAAGCUGAUAAUGAUGAUGAGGAGGACGAUGCUGAGAAUGACGUGGAUGAUGAAGACGACAACGAAGAAGUUGAGGAGUCACUUGAACCACCCCAGUCUAACACACCUGAGGAUGAUGCCGAUGAGGACGAUGAUGAAGCUGAUGAUGAUGCAGAUGAUGACGAUGCAGAUGAAGAAGAUAUUGAGGAGUCUGUUGAGCCACCAAAAUCUCAAUCAAAGCCCGAAAGUACGUCAAAUGCAAAUGAUGAGGACUUUGAUGAUGAUGAUUUUGAAUCGCUUGAUCAGACGGUUGAUAAUGAAGCCGAAGAAUUGUUGUUAAGACAAGAAAAGGCACGGGAAGCUGCCGCUUCAACCGCAGAUAUUACUAACCAGGAUACUUCCAAUGAUAAUGAUAACGAUGCAGAAGCAACAGAGUCAUCUUGGUUUUCAUCGCUUCUCGUCAAAUUUGGCGUUGGCGUUGCACUUGCCUUAGUUUCACGGCUUGUAUUGAUACGGAAAAAUCCAAAUACAACCGAACAGAUGAAUCAGGAAGCCUGUAUGAGACGUAGGCUGACAAUCGCAUCUGCCGAAGAUCAUAUACCCGACGAUGACGAGGAGCUGCCACCGCUUGAUGAUGAAUAUUCCGAAGAGGAAAUUGAAAUCGAGGAGGAAAUCGAAGUUGAGAUCAGUGACAUAGACGAAGCCGCCGAUGGUGUGGAAGGUGGAAGCGAUGAUAAUGUAGCCGCAUCGCACAGUUAUGUUCCAGAAACAUUCGAACAACUAAGUGCACAGUAUAAGUCAAAGCAAGAGGCUCAGCAGGAGCCAAAAGAGAUCACAGCAGUGUCAACGGCAGCCCCAACAAAAACCAGAGAGCAAAUAUCGACACCAAAAACAUCUGCAUCUGAUCCUGAGCCGACUGUGUCUACUGAUAUAUAUGUGGAGUAUGAGGACGGUGCCGCCGAGGACUAUGCGCAGGACGAAAACGACGAAAUAACGGACGAGGAGGACGAAAUCGAUGAUGAUUAUGGCUAUGAACUCGAAGAAGGUGAUAUAUCUGAUGUCGACGACACAGAGUUAAUGAAUAGACUAGAAGCCAAAUACGGUCGCUUGCCGGCCAAGGAAUAUGAAAGUGAUGCAGAUUCCGAUGAUCCAACCUGGACACAAAUUAAACCUAAAGAGGCAGCGCCAGGCGCUGGUCCUAAAGCGAAAUUAAAUACAGACGAUGAUGAUGAUCUUUUUGAAGCGGAGCUGCGUAAGGCUAAUGCCGAAAUGAUCAGAGAGAAUCCGAAUCCGGCGAAUGCUUUGCGCGCAUUUAACAAUCUAAUAAUCAAAUACACGCACAAAUCAUCGGCCCAUUUGGCAAGAGCUCGCGCUCUGGAGCAGCUGGCCGAGAUUAGGCAAAGCAAUGAGAUUCUGGAGCAGGCCAUUGAUUCCUAUAAACGUUACCUGGCCUUUGCUGAACUGAUAUCCGAUGAUGGCGAGUUUCGGGCAGCUGGAGAACGUUGCAUCGAGCAUCUGAGAUUCAUGGGUUAUCAACAGCAAGCGGUGGCCAUUCACGAGCUGCUCAUCGACCGCUUCUGGGAGGAACCGCAGCAGCGCAAUCAACUAACGCUCACAUAUCUGAUGAUUAAUAAUUUGGAGCUAGUGAGACGCACAGCGGGGAAUACGCUGAAAAUUUGGCCGCAAGAUGCAUUGGCACAGCUUUAUUAUGGUCUGGCGGUGAAGCAGUUGGAUCGAGACUAUGCUCGAGCUCUACCCUACCUCAAGUACGGCAUGGAAUCGGGACUGAGGGGUACACAGGAGGGCUUUUUCUACCUGGCGUUGGGCGAGACGCUGCAACGCUUGGGCAAGCAAUCGGAAGCGCUGGCCGUGUAUGAACGUGGCGUGGAGAAGCAGUUUUUUCCCAGCGUUUAUCAGAGAGCCCUCUAUAACGAGCCCCAUUUGCGUGCUCAACCCUUUUGGGAUGUAGCCGAGACAGGCUAUGCCGAAUCGUUUGAGAAAUUGCAACGCAAUUGGUCUGCUAUACGCGAUGAGGCCUUGGCCUUGCUCAACCACCAUGGCAAUUUCCAAGAGGAAACGGAACAGCUUCGGGAUACUGGCGAUUGGACGCAAUACGAGCUAUAUGCGCAGGGUCAGCGGGUGGGCAGGAACUGCCAGAGAGCACCUAUAACUUGCGCCCUACUGGCCGGUUUCUUUCCAGCAGCCACAAGCUGUCGACGCGGCCAGGUUAAGUUCAGCGCCAUGCGGGCGCAGACACAUGUUUGGCCUCACUGCGGACCCACAAAUUGUCGUCUGCGUGCCCAUCUGGGGCUCGUGACCCCCGAGCCACAAUUAACGAGCUUACGAGUGGCCGAGCAACUGCGAACUUGGCAGGCGGGUGAGCUCUUCAUUUUCGACGACAGCUUCGAGCACGAGGUCUGGCACAAUGGCACGGAAUUGCGUUUGGUGCUGAUUGUGGAUGUUUGGCAUCCGGAUCUGACAGCAGAUCAGCGCCUUAGCAUGUCGGAGAUUUGAAUUGGCUUUCAGUUUAACAAAAGACGAUUCCCCUCCCCCCGAACACCAGCCUGCUUUAGUUUAUUUUCUGGUUUUAUAUUCGUUUAGCUUAAAGGUAUCUCUUACACAAUAGCUAUUGUAUGUAUGCGUGUUCAGACUAAGUAUAUAUUUGUACGGAUUUUAUUGUAAGACUUAUGGGUUAUGUGUAUAUCUAUAUGUAUCUGAGUUUGGCAGCAGCAUGUUCGCUUCACUCAGAACGUGCGCAAAUCGACUAAAUAUAGUAGACUAUUUUGAUCUUUAACACA